AUGGGUAAGUGGGUGGAGAGGGUGGAUGGACAAGCGGGCAGGWUGGACAGACAGGCGGACAGCACGGAUGGACAAGGGGACAACAGGCUGGASGGCCCUUGGGUCUUGGCCGGCGGAGAGACGCCGGGCACGAGAUCCGCCUCGGAGCGCGCUCUGGAUCCGGUGCUCCGCAAGUGGCGUYUCCGUCUGCUUCAGCACCCCGGGAGGCGCCUGGAGGAGAUCCUGGUUUCCACUCCCCAGACUCCGGCUCACGGGGCCUUGGCGAAGCUGCGGGCCAAGGACCUGCCCAGCUCCCCGCCGCUCGCGGAGGAGGAUUUCGGGAAGGGCCCCUGGGUGGCCAUGAAGACGGAGCUGGGUCUGGAUGAGAGGGACCCCAGCUGCUUCCUGCGGACCUACAGCGUGGUCAUGGUGCUGCGCAAGGCAGCCUUGAAGCAGCUCCCGAAGAACAAGGUGCCCAGCAUGGCCGUGAUGAUCAAGACCCUGACGAGGAGCAACGUUGACGCUGGCGCGGUGUUCAGGGACCCGACCGGAGAGAUGCCGGGCACGGUGCACCGCGCGCUGCUGGAGGAGAGGCGCAGCGAGCUCAAGCCGGGCUCCGUGCUGCUCUUGAAGCAGGUGGGCGUCUUCUCCCCGUCCCACCGCAACCACUACCUCAACGUGACCCCCAACAACCUGCUCAAGGUCUACACGCCCGAGAGCGAGGGCAGCUCGGCGCAGACGGAGCAGCAGGCGGUCGCUGCCUGGGCUGGGUUAGACCGGGACCAUCCAGCCCAGUGUGUCCCUGUCCCCAAGGACGAGGGAUUGUCCCGGACAAACAGCCGCAGCUCCGAGCGGGCGCCCGGAGGCUUCUCGCUGCAGCCGGGGAGCUACGGGCCCCGGCAAGAAGAGCCCCUGGGAGCCGCCGGCUGCGACGUGGAUGACCUGGACGGGCUCCUGGGCGAGCUGCCCGAGGAUUUCUUCUCGGCGCCGGCGCAGGCCGAUGCCUGCUGAGCACAGGAGGGUCAGGGAGGCGGUCAGAGCGUCUCCGGCCUCCUCUCCACGUUCCCACUUCUGUGUCACCUUCCGUCUGGAGCCGAGAGCUGCACAGGCCUGGGGACCUGCAUGGACACAGAUUUGUCCCCUCCUUGUCCCCCUGCUGCUCC